AUGACCUUUCUUCAAUACCUCAGCGCGCGGACGGGGCUGAUGCCCAUCCCGCCAGCAGUGCCUGAUGCCCCGCCUGCCUACUACGAGGAAGAGGAAACCAUCAUCGAGGCCCCGGACCUGCAGUGUCCAGAGCCCGUCUUGAUAGUGGACGCUGACAGGAUUCACGACGACAGAAACGCGAGGAAAGCCCGCCAACGAGCCACCAUUCGAGGUGGCCCGAACAAUGGCCUCGCCCUACGACAGUAUGCCGAGGCGACCCUGGGUGGCGGCAGUCUGCGCAAGGCCGUGAAGCUCCCCGAGGGAGAGGACGAGGAUGAGUGGCUUGCGGUCAACAUGGUCGACUUUUACAACCAGAUCAACCUCCUCUACGGGGCCAUCACCGAGUUCUGCUCGCCCGAGUCGUGCUUUCCGAUGAAGGCAACAGACGAGUUCGAGUACCUGUGGCAGGACAACGAAAACUACAAGAAGCCGACUAAGAUGUCGGCGCCCGACUACAUCAACCACCUGAUGACGUGGGUCCAGAGCACCAUCGACAAUGAGAGCAUCCUCCCCAGUCGGAUCGGCGUCCCUUUCCCCAAGAGCUUCCCGUCGCUGGUGCGUCAGAUUUUCAAGCGCAUGUACCGUGUCUACGCGCACAUUUACUGCCACCACUACGCCGUCAUCCGCGAGCUGGGGCUCGAGCCGCACCUCAAUACGAGCUUCAAGCAGUACGUGCUUUUUGUGGACGAGCACAAGCUGGACUCGGGUAAGGACUUUUAUGGCCCGCUUAGUGACCUCGCCGCGAAGAUGAUUGAGAGCGACUGA